AGCUGCAAAGCCUCGUGCAUUGUUGUGGUGCUCUCUUCCUUUUCCUGUGCUCUCUGCCUUCACUCUUUCAGCAGAGCUGCACUGACGCUGUGCUUUACCCAAAUCCGCCUGAACUCUCACAAAAAAGGGUCACUUCCCCGUCCUCCCGCAGACAGGACAGCCCACCAGAGCAGAUUACACAGCUGGGAUGGGUUCGGCACUAAUGACGAUGAUGAUGAGAGUGCUGGCAGUUUGACAGCCUUCCGCAGCCGACUUGUGUAGAGUACCUCAAGGCCCUGGGAGCCAUCAAGAUGUCCCGAUUCUUCCCAAAGUUGUAGUUUGGCAGUCCUCCACCAGGGGGCCUAACUGGGGAGGGAAGAAAGGUUGAUCAGAAACCUAAAACCCAAACUCUGAACUACAGCCAAGGAACCAUGUAGAACCGCUUUCUUCUCAAAAGGGGUGUGGGUUAACUUUUUAGCUGUUUUUUAAACUUAUUUUUUCAUUUUUUUUAUUGUUGAGUUUGAGUUGAAUUUUGGACCAGACUGCAAGACGGAGAUGGUCCUGCACACCUCCCCUUACCCGAGUGCCUUCCUCAGCUUCCUCAGCAGCCUGUCCUGGGCCUUGGUGUUCCCCUGCUAUUGGAUGCUGGACCGGCUCCUGGCCUCUUGUGUUGCCACCUCAUUGGAGAAGAGAAGGCGUUCGCAGGAUCCUUGCUCUUUCCUGGCUCUGGGGGUGCUCAUCUCUACACCGCUGUACCUGGUCCUACUGCUGGCCUCUUUACCCUUCGCACUACUAGGCUUCCUACUUUGGGCACCCCUACAGGCUUCCCGGCACCCAUACAUCUAUUCGUACCGAAAACCUGACGCUCAUCGGGCUGAGCAGGGCCCAUCUGCUGCGGGGUCUGGCGAAUGGCGCCCCCAAGGCCGCAGCUUCUGCUUUGGCAGCGCCAAUGUGUGCCUGCUGCCAGACUCUCUGGCACGGUUCAACAACCUGGCGGACACACAGCGCAGGGCACGGGAAGUGGGCAAACGGAUCCGCAAUGGAGCCAGUCGGCCACAGAUCAAGAUCUACAUUGAUUCACCUACCAACACCUCGAUCAGCGCCGCAUCCUUCUGCAGCCUGGCCACGCAGGGCUUCCGACGAACAUCCUCACUGGACCAGCGUCCAGAACCAACGACUGGAAGUGAGGGAGACAGUGAGCCUGCAUCUGAGUGUCCUGUGCAUCCCUCUGGAGGAUCAAGCUCAGACUGCCCCAUCCAUAAUGGCCAGAAUACUUCAGAGUGUCCUGUGCAUCCUAUUGGGGGAACAAACUCAGACUGCCCUGUCCAUAACAGCCAGAAUAUUGCUGAAUGUCCACUGCAUUCCAGCCAGGAGGAACCAUCUCCAGACUGCCCAGUCCACCAGCCUGGAGACCUUCAAGCGUCUGGGGAAUGUCCGGUCCAUUCCACCACUGCAGGUCCAGGCUCUGAUGACUGUCCUUUGCACCCUUCUGGGGUCCAGAUUAGCAUCACUUCCCCUGAACCAGAGACAGCGGAGACCAAAAACCAUCACCCCGGUGAAGGAGACACCGGCAGCCUUCACAGUCGCACUGCCUCCAGAGAGUCCUUGACACGUUUCCAUGGUGCAACAGAUGGCGGCGGCAUCACGUCCAACAACACGCUCUCGCAGCACCGUGCUUCUUUCUUCAAGAGGCCUACAGGCCGCAAGCGCCGCCACGGUGAUGAUGGCUUUGACCAUGAAAUCUCUGCCUUCUUCCCUGCCAACCUAGAUUUCCUGUGCCUGCAGGAAGUGUUUGAUCGGCGAGCAUCAGAGCGUCUGUGCCGGCAGCUACACCGCUACUUCCCUUAUGUGCUCAGCGACGUGGGCCGCUAUGGCUGGAAGGGCUGCUGCUCAAGGUUCAAGUUCCUCAACAGCGGCCUUCUCCUGGCCAGCCGCUACCCCAUCCUGGAUGCACACUACGAAUGCUAUCCCAACGGCCGCGGAGAGGACGCCCUCGCAGCCAAAGGAGCUCUCUAUGCCAAGGUACAGGUGGGCACCUCCCAUCAAGAGCAGAGGGUUGUGGGAUACAUCGCCUGUACUCACCUGCAUGCUAUAGAGGGUGAUGCAUCGGUGCGCUGUGAGCAGCUGGACCUGCUGUUGGAGUGGGCUGCUGAGUUCAGGAGGGCUACGUCCGUCCCCGCAGGUGAAGAGAAAGCUCUGGAGGAUCAGGUGGCCUUUGACGUCAUCCUUGGAGACCUCAACUUCGAUAACUGCUCGUCUGAGGAUAAGUUGGAGCAGCAGCACGCUAUUUUUACGCAGUACAGAGAUCCGUGUCGUCUGGGGCCUGGAGAGGACAAGCCGUGGGCUUUGGGUACCUUGUUGGACACGAGUGGCCUAUAUGAUGAGGAGGUCAGCUCGCCCGAGAGUCUUCAAAAGGUAAUGGAGAAUGAAGAAGGCAGGAAGGAAUACCUGGUAUUUCCAGCCAGCAAGAACCAGUGUCCCAACCAGAAGGGGCGCAAGAUCCCGCUGAAAGGGAACGGCCGCAGGAUCGACUACAUCCUCUACAAGGAGGAAGGCCUGCAGCCUGACUGGAAAGUGGACAUUGAGGAAUUCAGUUUCAUCACCCAGCUGGCCGGCCUGACUGACCACCUCUCUGUGGCUGCGAGGUUGGCCGUUUCCACGGGAGAAGAGGAGUCUUAGGACCUGGCUGAUCUUUUACACAACGCCACGGACAGAGGGAAAAAGAGGGAGAGGGAGAGGGAGAUGGAGAAAUAGAAGGAAGGAAAGACGUAGGGACUUCCAGCUUGUCAAGACGAGGAAAUAUUUUUUCAACCUGGUGAACUGAAAUGAUCUCUUGAAGUCCAGAGAGCAAGAGAGGUGCAACUGCUUGGCGUUUACUGAAGCAUGUUUCAUAAGACGCGGCAGGGGGGCACACGCCAACACCCCCCCGCACAAGCGCAGACACACUCCCACACAGAUCCCACACACAGCUCCUCCUGCGAAACGUGCCCUUUUUUCGGAGUCAGAGAUAAAAACAACGACCUCUCACUCUCUCACUUCCUCUUUCGCGGGGCUCUCCACACCCCUAGAACGAGAGUUUACGUCCUUGCUGUUAUCUGUCCCUCGCCUCUGCUCUUCUGACGCUUCUCUGCGGCCCUGCGGAGGGAGGCGGAGCCAUCUUUCUGGUGCCAUGA